UACAGCAGCGUCCCGGAGCUGGGCAGCCUCACCCCGACCUCCCCCUCCAGCCCCGUCCGUCCCCUCCCCCUGCCCAGCCCCAGCUCUGGGGAUGUAAGUAACGAUGGGGGAGACGGACAGAAAACCCCCGUCACACACAGUCCUUAUUGGCCCAGUAGCUCUGUCACUCAUUUACACCCCAAGACCUCCACCAACACUUCCAUUAGUUUGUUGUCCUCAUGUGGUUAACCAUCAGUCAUCAGUUGAUUUUUUUACUUUCAGCCUUACAAAGUGAACAGUGUCCUGUAGCCCAGAGCAUCCAUUAAGAACUACUACAACACAUUCUAACUCCCAGAUGUAACUUUACACACCAUGUCCAUUAGGUAUUAAAACAAGGCCAACUGUAAACUAAACCAAGCCAGAUCAUGGUGCCUCCCCCUGCCUCUCCACGGAUGGUUGGUGGGGCUCAGUUGGGCAGGGAAACUGAUUGGUCCAAUUCUUCCUCACAGGGAGACAUCCAUGAGGAUUUCUGCACUGUGUGCAGACGCAGUGGCCAGUUGCUCAUGUGCGACACGUGUUCUCGUGUUUAUCACCUGGACUGCCUGGAUCCACCCCUGAAAACCAUUCCUAAAGGCAUGUGGAUCUGUCCAAAAUGUCAAGAUCAGAUCCUAAAGAAAGAAGAAGCCAUUCCCUGGCCUGGUACCCUGGCUAUUGUUCAUUCCUACAUCGCCUACAAAGAAGCUAAAGAAGAGGAAAAGCAGAAGCUGAUGAAAUGGAGCGCUGAACUGAAACUGGAGCGAGAACAGCUGGAACAGAGAGUCAAACAGCUCAGCAACUCUAUAACGAAAUGCAUGGAGACCAAAAACACCAUCCUGGCUCGUCAGAAAGACAUGCAUCUUUCCCUGGAGAAAGUCAAACACCUGAUUCGCCUCAUCCAAGCCUUCAAUUUCAACCAAGCUCUGGCGGAGACAGAGGGUAAGGACGUCACUGCCAGAGUCCAGGACAGUGCUGAAGGUGCAGUCUGCUCUGAAGCCUCACCAGAAGCCAACUCUGUAGAGAAAGUGAAGGCUGGAAGCCCCUCAACCAGCAGCAACACCGAUGGAAACGACAAACAAGAGGAGCACGGAGCCGCCACGAACAACCAGACGACGGGAGCAGCAGCAGGAGACACCGACAGCCAGGUUGUCCUAAAAGACAGCGCAGUCCUAACGGCAGAAAACAGCCCCGAUGGAGGGGCAGGGGGUAAGGCAGGGCCUGGUGACGGGGCAGGGGGAGGCGGAGACACAGGGACUAGUGUCCAGGUGGAGGUUUUGGCCAAGCCUGAGACUGAGGCCACUCCGGUGGUUGACAUUCCCGCUUCCUCAGUGGUUGCGACUGAGGCCACCACCAACGGUACGGCCGAGCCGGCCUGCCCCGACGUCAGCCCCGCAGGAGCCUGCUCCAACAACGCCACCGCCAACUCUGAGAACAAGAUGACUGCCGUCAACCCUCCAGAGACAGCGGUGGAGAAGAAGCAGGAGGAGAUCACUGACAGUGACAGCAGCAGCAGCAACAACAACAACAGCAAAACCUCAGAACCCUCCCAGCAUUCUUUGCCAGCUCUUGUCAGCAAUUUGGACAAUAAAAAGUAAUGCUCCUUCUCUUGAGUUGCGGGAAUUCAAACAUAUAUAUAUAAAAAAAAAAGACUUUUGCUUGCACCAGAAGGUGUCCUGAAGUUGCCAAUCUGUAUAAAUGUUGUUUGUUUGCAUUGUAUUGUCAGACUGUGUCAAUGGUAGAUAUACAGCCCAAGUCACAUGACUCUGGGAAGACGUAGGCUGCCCCCCCUCCCCACAGAGCUGGGGUACAGGAAGGCUUACGCACCAGUGUCAUCGUUGCCAAUUAGUGAUAGACGUCAGUGGUGGGAAUGCUCAAAGGGAGAUUUAGUUCAUCAUCACACCAGUGUGUGCCUGUUAUAGUGGCCCCUGUGUUCUCUGGUGGGGUGGGAAGAUGGGUUCACAUGGGUUCGGAGAAAACGGAGAACAUUGAACCAAACAUCUGUCAGGGGUUACUGGUCUAAAAAGCAGUGUUGUGAUAGAGUACGAGUACUGAAAAGAGAGCCUGUUCAUCCCCUCGUCCCAAUGGACUUAAUGUGAACAACCUUUAUAUUCUGUAAUCCUUCGUCCCUGCUCUCCCCUUCCUUUGAAUAGCCCUAAACCAAUAAGUCUUAUCCAUAACCCCUACCCCUAGACCUCCCUAUUAACCAACAUCUUUCACCAUUUCCAGUCCAUAAAAAACUUAAACCUUUCCCAACCAGUUCACCAACAAUCCAAUGUGACCUCCCUCUUUAAUCCGUACACUUCAAACGAACUGGUUCAUACCGGGUGACGCAUGAACACGUCUAAACGCAAAAUGCGAUGAAUUCAAUUCAAAUGGGAUUAUAGCACACAUGUUGGUCCUCGGAGGAAUUCAUGGUGUUGCACGUGUUUGUACACACCAAACAAAUAAAGAGAGAUUUUGGAUCGUUGGUUUCAGAAAGACAAAAAUUGUUAGAAUCAACAAAUACAACCUUAGAAAAUGUGUGUUACGGUAAAAUGACGGUAUGCUUCAAACACAAAGCAUACCGAGGCUUUUAAAUCGACUUCACUAACUAGAGGAUGAGAUGCGAUGAAUCCUGGUAAAUGUGAAACCUGGACUUACCUUCCCCCAGUCCACCGACAACCGUAGCAUCCCUUUUUAAUGCCAACAACCUAACUCAACAUCCUUAACCCAAUGGACCAAUGACCUACCAACCAACAAUCCCAGUUCACCUUGCCUCCCCCUUCAUUGAAACCAGUUCGUAUAAAGUGCGUAUCCACUCUUUUUAACCGACAAGUUACGCUGUCUUUAGUCAACAAAAAAGACAACCUUUCCCAUUGAUCAAUAGUGACGAAUCCCAAACUUACCUUGCUCCAGUCCACCGAUGGUCCAACGUGACCUCGUUCUCAACGACUCAGUAUGGUUAAAAUAUAAUAGAGCCCCCAGGUUAAUAAGCCAAACUCAAAGAGAUGGAGAUAACAGAGCACACUUUGGGGCAAUCUCUCAUCUAACACAUUCAUGGUGUUGCCCGGUUGUCAGUCUCACCACCUUGUUGAGUUAGUUUUUGAAAAGUUUUAACUAACUAACUUUCAUAUCAGUCUACGACUAUAAACCACCUUCAUUCGACCAAAUGGCGUCAACCUUCCCCCGUGAUUAUAAGCCAAACGUACAGUCCCCAGUUCGUCAACGAUCCAAUCUGACCUUGAACCAACCCUCACCCAAUAAGACACCAAAUGUCCCAACAACCUCAGUUAACUCCCACCCCCCCAUCUCUUCCCCACCUGUACCCCUGAGCUCAGGCAGAACAGAUACCUGGAGGACGAGGUGGACCAGGCGCGGUAGUCUUAACAGAUGUGUUCAGUAGUGUCGGUUAAGUGUAGUGAUUGAGUUUUUUCAUUCGUGAGUCAAGUGUGUCAACUGUGAGCACUAAAUGUGAAAUUGCAAUAUUGCAAUGUCAACACACACACACACACACACACUAUAUCUGGGCUGUGUUUCUUUUGUAUAGGAAAAGAUAUUCAGGUCUUCCUAGUCUUCAGAAUAAGUGCUUUCUGUUCCUGAACCUGCUGUACUGGCAUUACCAACACAGAAAGGAAUCCUCUUUUUGAAGUGGUGGUCUUUGCAUUAUUGUACAUUUCCGUUGAAUCCUGAACUGCCAAAAUGAUGUUGUAUCCAAAUUCAGCGGGGACGAGUCCACUGUUACUGUAUUGAAAGAUCAAAUCAUUGGCGUUGUAAGAUAUAGAUGCUACCAUUUCAGAAAUUGGAAGUCCCCAGAUUUAAACAGGAGCUUAUGAAAACAAUAACAUGAAAAGGAACUUUUUGUCCUUGAAAGUGGAGGGAUUUGUUGUAUGAACCUGCUCCUUCAGACGGAUCUCAAAGGACAAUACCACAAAUCCUGACAUUAAAGCACAAGCUUGCUGCAUUACAAAGAAGUGCUGAAGAGCUUUUUGUAUGUUAAUAUGGAAUUAAACAGAGUAUGCAUCUCUUUGUUGUGAUGUGACUUAUCCCCACAUUGCCAAUAUUUUUCUAGGAGGAGACCCAAACCUCUGACAUUGAGGCUGGUUCAUAUUUUUUGGGGGAGGGGCUGUUGAACCCCUCACAGUUGGACUGGUUCAUGGAGCACGUCUGGGCUGAGAUGUGAUGCUGGUACUCGUUGGCUUGGUGGCUGUCGGUCUUUGUCUGGUGAACUGAUCAUGACUUCUGGCUUCUCGUUGGGUUCGGGGCAUUCAACAAACUGGUCUUUUCUUUAACGGUGCCUCCGGUUGCGCUUUUUCUUUUUUUACUUUUUGCAAUAUUGGAGGGAGUUUGCUUUAAUCGUUGUCGUCCAAAAAUGUAUGCACCCGAGGAGCCUCUGAAGAUGUAGAAGAAGAUCUCAAAAUACUUUUAUCUGUUAUGUGUUUUUAGCCAUGCUAGCAGAGUCGCUCCACCACUUUAGACUGAAAUAUCUCUACAACUAUUGGAUAGGUUAGCAUGUUAGCAUGCUAACAUUAGCUAAUUGGAGGAUCAACAAAGUUAAUAGGAUUUUGUAACAAACUGGUUGCCAACCAGGAGAUGUUGUGAUAUUUCACAGGAUAAAUUAAAACAAUAUUUGUAGUAAAUUACAUUAAAGUUGUUGAAUGUGGUAAACGUCAGCAUGUUAGCAUGACGUCAUUGUGAGCGUGUUAGCAUGCUGCUGUUAGCAUCUAUCUGAGCUGUUAGCAUGGCUGUAGACUCUGGUCCUUUACGUGCUCAUUAACCGUGAGGGUGAAUACGUCGUUGGCUAACUUUUAAAGUAAACGCCGUCUCUUUUUUUCAUAUCAUACGGACUCUGGAAACGAAUCUGCAUAUCUUGACUCGAGACCCUAAUUCUUUCUUGUCAUCAGAAAAAGAGAUUAAAUCUGUAACAUCUCCUGUUUGAGGCCACAGCGUCGUCUUCAUGAAUCCCAUUCAUUGUGUUUUGUUCUCGUCGUCUUCUUCUUCUUCUUCUUCCUCCUCUCUUUUCGUUGAUCGAGCCCGACCUCGUGUUCCAGACCAGCUGGACCCCCCCCCCCCCUCUGUACAGUAGGUACCUCGAGUGCCUUUUCUUCAAACAGCAGAUAAUAUUUUGUCUCUUGACUUGCACUGUGACUUGUAGAAACCUUACUAACCCCCCCCCCCCCGGUCCAUCCAGACCCAACCGAGACCCCGUCCCCCCCGUCCCCCUUUCACCUCAGGCUGCCAGGUAGUCGAUGCAAGUGGAAACUACAUUUCAUAUUAUGCCGUUUAGAUCGACCGGAUAGUGUUUCUGUUGUUGUUUAUUAUAGGAGUUGCCUUAAAUGUGAUUUUAUUUAACUUUUCUUUUUCACGUGACGUUUAAAAAAAUAAAAGAAUCACUGGAGGUCAGAGGUCGUCAGUGAAAUGGUCCAAAGAGGGAUUGAUGAUGAUGAUGAUGAUGAUGAGAUCUUUGGUGUGACAACCAGUUGUUUUGUGAUGCACUUUUGGUUUGACCAGUAUUAUUAUAAUUAUAAUUAUAAUUAUAAUUAUUAUUAUUAUUAUUAUUAUUAUUAUUAUAAAUAUCGGAAUGUAAACAUGGGGUUGUGUUAGUCCGGACUCAGUUCCCUCUGUGCUGUGGUUCUUCUUCUUCGUGUGUUUUUCGGAGGGUUACUACACUUUUGCUAAAUCGUAAUAAGUCAUGUGAACAAACUCCCCCCCCCUCCGACGGGCCGACCUUUGACCCCCGUUAGCAACAUCUGUCCACAUCUGUGGGCCGCAUUGCCUUCUUAUGCAAAUUUUUAUACAACGGUUGUCAAACUUUUUUUUUUUUUUUUAAAUAUGCUUUUUGUUCUUUUAUAGUUUGUAUGUGAACAUUCAGAAGUGGUCAUCUUGUUGCUGACAUCGUGUUUUUAGAUUUGAACUAAUGCACCAUGCUGGGGGUGGGGGGUCCUCGGUCUCUAUUUCGUCUAAAAGUGAAUUUACCCAAAGAACACGUGCAGAACGUUUGUGUUUGGAAGCCUCGUGUGUCGUCAUAUCAUUAAAUACAAAAGUUCUACAUCAGCAUCGUGUUCGUUCGUCCAGCUGGAGGAAGAAGAAGAAGAAGAAGAGGAGGAGGAGGAGGAACGUGUGUUCAGUUUGUGUUUGACGAAGUCUUGUAUGCAUUUUAAACAAAAAACAACAAUAACAUGGUCGCGGCCCUUAAAAAAACGACUCCUCCGGUGUUUUUCUUCUUCUUUUAAAAAACGAUGAGUCAUGAUUGUGGCCUUCUAGUAUUCUGUCGGUUCAUGACAUCAUCAUGACAUCACCAUCCCAUCUUGUCCGGAUCCAACUGUUCACCUGAAGCUUCUUUACCUCAUCCACAGAUGAUCCCAUGGGGGGGGGGCAACAAAACAACAACAAACAACAAACAAGAUAAAUAAAAAAGAGAAGAAGUCUUUUUCUAAUCUUCCAUUUGGUGAGAUGCAUUGUAGCGAUAUGAAUAAAAAGUUCACCUGGUGUGCUGAAUACAUGUGUAAAUUGGUAAUUACACAAUCUGAAUAUUUGUAUAAUUGUUUGUAUUUUUUCAUAAUGAUUUUGAAAGGAAUGUGUUUAUUUUUUGACUUGUGUUCCAGAUGUGUCUUCUGUUGGCCUGACAUUGUGACUGGUGGGAUUCUUACCUCUGUAUUGAGCCUCUUCUGUGAUGAAUUCUUUGUAUGCAGUGUUUAGGAAAUACUGGCAACAUGGGACGAGUUGAUAUUAGGAGCAUUUGAUCAAUUUGUAUUUAUUUAUUUUAUCAUUUUGUUAAUAAAUUGUGAAAAGCA